AGCAUCAUGACGCUGUGUUGCACGUGUAGGCGUUCUGUUUGUAUUUUGUUCGUAUUCGUCAUCACACAAGUGCUACGAACUUGCCUACUUGGCUUCAUCAUUGAAUCGUGUCUGCUGAGAAGUGUUCUAAUUUCUGCCAAGUCUGUUUGUCUAAUUUCUACCAAGUCUAUUGUCAUCAUUGAAUCGUGUCGGCUGAGAAGUGUUCUAAUUUCUACCAAGUUUGUUGUCCAAUUUCAGGAGAGGAGACGGACACUAGACAUCACCUUGAACCAAGGAGCCAAACAACAAAUCUCAUAGGUGGAAUUGAGAAUCUGAGAUACUGGCAUCGAUUAUCUUACAACUCGAAGAAAUCUGAGAUCGACUUUUAGUUGAGCUGUAGACAGCGGUGAAUAUUUGCGCUGUGGGAAAUCAGAGUUGUAGUUUGACUCAACCUUCAUAUGCUUGCAUCCUGAGGGGUUUUGUUGGUGUUGAGUAGAUGACGUCACUGCCGUCCACAGGCACGCUGCCGUGAACAGCCUUCAACUUAAUGGCACUCUGCCCAUCUCAAAACGAAAAAAAGGACACCCUACUGCUUCUGCUCUAGGCAAGGUGGGGACCAGAACCAACCCACUCCGCAAUCAUGCUUCACCAACACAGACACGCACUGUGCGUGCUCCUAUAUCUGAUGUUACUAUGGCUCACAAACUGUACCUGGGUCAGUGCUGGAAGGACUGGACGCAGGGGUCAAGGGUCACUGAGGUCACAACCUCAAUCCCGCCCCAGAUACUUGAGAAACAGAAAACCAAACAUAGUACUUGUCAUAACAGAUGACCAAGAUUUACUUUUAGGUUCUAUGAGUGCAAUGAACAAAACCCAGAUGGUGUUAGGUGACAGUGGGGCUAACUUCAUCAAUGCCUUUGUGACCACACCCAUCUGCUGUCCGUCGCGCAGUAGCAUCUUGACUGGCCAGUACGUUCACAACCACCAUGUUUACUCCAACACGGAGCACUGCGGCUCCUUGGCCUGGCAAGGAGGACCUGAGAGGCGUACCUUUGCUGCGUAUCUGAGGAGCGUUGACUACAGAACAGGGUAUUUUGGUAAAUACUUAAACAAUUACAACGGUACUUACGUGCCACCUGGCUGGACAGAGUGGGUUGGACUGUUGCAGAAUUCCAAGUACUACAACUACACCCUAAGUCGCAAUGGACAGCUGUAUGAUCAUGGAUUCAAUUAUUACAGGGACUAUCUGCCUGACCUGAUAGCCAAUGACAGCCUGGCAUUCUUUAAGAUGUCCAAGAGGACGUAUCCAGACAACCCUAUCGCCAUGGUAUUGUCCUUCCCAUCACCCCAUGGGCCAGAGGAUGGAGCACCACAGUAUCAGGGGCUGUUUGAGGGGAACCGUCUUCACAGGACAGAGACAUGGAAUUAUAGCAACAAUAAUGACAAACACUGGCUCCUGCGUUACCCUGAUCCCCUGACGGAACAGGAGAUGGCAUUCACGGAUCUUCUUCAACGCAAGCGACUCAUCACAUUGGUGUCCGUGGAUGAUGCCAUUGCAAAGCUUUGCACAGAGCUAAGCGAGAUGGGUGAAUUGGACAACACGUACAUCAUCUUCACCUCGGAUCACGGCUACCACCUGGGCCAGUAUGCCCUUCCCAAGGGCAAAUCACUACCCUACGACUUUGAUCUCCGUGUUCCCUUCUACAUAAGGGGUCCAAGGAUCCCUCGCGGUGUCGAAGUUCCGAACAUCGUGUUGAACAUUGACCUAGCACCAACCAUGCUGGACAUGGCGGGGUUGAACAUCCCUCCAAACAUGGAUGGGGUGUCACUGCUGAAGCUUUUUAAUCCGGCUGACUACCGGAUAAAAGGCAGAAGCAGAAACCGGAGAUUGCGCUACGUUGGAGUUGACCCCUGGCGAACCAGUUUCCUAGUUGAGAAAACACGUUCCCCGGAAGACUUGGCACGUUUGCAGAAAAGGCAGUUUCAGGCACGUGGGAGGAAGGGGGACCGACUACGGCAACAGUGCAAGGAACCAGAGUUCCAGUCACCAUGCAAACCAUUCCAGGAUAAAGAAUGCGUACUGGAUGAAGUCACCGGUGAGGUCAAGAUUCGUAAGUGUCGGCGUCCGCCUAAGAUUCGCUGUCGUUGCAUGCGGGUGAUUCCAAGUAGCCCCAACGAGGAAGGCCUCGCCAACGGCAGACGGUUCCGACUUAGGGAUAGGCCCCCAGUCAGUGACGCGGCGCUGACCAGAGAGGAAAAGAGACAACAGAGGGACUUCAUCCAGGAACACGUCAAGGAAGCCAACCCUCCAUUCCGGUUCAUUCGGAACAGACGUGACCAUACACCCAAGGAAGAUCCAGCCGUGUUUACUUUGGACAAUCUGGACGAACCAGACGAGGAGAAUAUCUUGAUUGAUCCAAAGUGUGAAGUGUACAAGAAUGACACAGUCAUGUGUGAUAAUGAGAUUUUUGAAUCCCGCAAGGCCUGGGUUAACCACCGCAAGCUGAUCGCAGCCCGUGUCCGUCUCCUCCGCAAGCACCUCAACGACUUGAUUGAGAUCAAGGAAUUCCUGAAAGACACCAACCCAUAUUACCCAGAGAAGCCCAGGGUCGAAUUGCCCCUCCCGGCAAGGCUGGACAGCAGACGGGAGAAGCCGGCAAAGGUCUGCCGGUGUGACAACAUCGAAGGGGAGCUGUCAGAGAAAGCCGCCAGAGAGCUGGAGAGACUAGGGGAUGUCUAUGUUGAGAACAGAGGGGACUAUGAAAUCAGUGAAGGUCCCACUGCAUCCCGUUACACAAGGAGUACCUCGGCCACUGAAAGGACGACAGAACAGAACAGCGUCCUGGACAUGAACACCGACGGCUUAUCUCGGCGACAGCGGAAGAUCCAAUCCAAGCAGAUGUGCAGUGUUCAGGGCAUGAAGUGUACCUCGCACGACAACGAUCACUGGCGGGUGCCGCCAUAUUGGACAUUGGGUCACAUGUGCCUGUGUUUGAACGCAGUCAACAAUACGUAUCAGUGUCUACGCUAUCUCAAUGAAACUCAUAACUUCCUUUAUUGUGAAUAUGUCACCAAUUUCCUGGAAUACUUUGACAUGAGGCCUGGCCAUGAUCCAUACCAGAAAGUUAAUGCCAUCAAUGACAUCACAGACAACUACCGAAGGUUUAUGAGAGACGAGCUUGAAAAUUACAGACAUUGCAGUGGGGCUAGCAAUUGUACAGCACUGUACCCGACACCAAACCAUCAUGGGAAAACAGCCACCUCUGGAAGAAAUUCAACAAGCGAAGAAAAUCGCCCCGGCGACACUCCAAUUAUGUCGGUCGCCACUUCAACCGCGGCAACUUCUGACCUGACAACUAAAGCAGCACCCACUAGCCAACCCCUACACACCACUGUCCCCCCUAUGUGGGUGCUCCCUGCCUUGACCUCUGACCCCACUGUUCAGUCAACCUUUGACCCAACCAGUGAAAUGGAACAGUUUGAAACUUCCGCUCCUACACUUAACUUACCUGUAACAGCAAGAAAGUCCACAAGUUCUGAAAGACAAACAACUAGCAUCUCGCACACCAGCACCCCUCUGAGAACCCAUGCGGCUUCUGUCGUAUCUACAACUCCAAACUUGGAGAAACUCAAAGAAUUUGAAGGAUCUGGGAAUGAAAUUUCUUCAAUUAGCACACCUUUAAGUGAAGGUUUGACAGCUAUAACAAAUACACCUGCAAUCAUAUCAACACCUGACAAUUUCUUGUACACAACAUCCACAAGUCUACCAACUUCAGAGGGGCAAAACAUGAAAGAAGAAUUGGAAGGAUCUGGGACUGAAAUCCCCACAAGCAGGAAUCCAUCAACCAAAGAAACAUUAGUGAGUCCUGAAGUUCUGGAAACUAGUGAGACAUACAUGCCCACACCUACAAGACGUACAUCUUUGGAAACAAAUGAUCCAUCUGCUGUGACUCCAUCCAUAACAGCCUCUCCUGGGAAGGAUCUUAGUCUUGACACAGAAGGAUCUGGAAAUGAGAUUCCAACAGCUCUUGAAUUGCUCAGUGAACCAACUGGUGGCCAUUCAGAAGUUUCAGCAGCAAGUGUCACAUUUGUCACAACCACUCGCAUUCCUGUUGUAGAUGAGGAGUUCACUGAACCUCCUCAAAACCCGGAUGGUGCCGUGUUCACGCUGAACAAGUCUGAUCGCCAAAAGGAUUCAGGUAUUUCAAAAUCGCAGUGGACUACAACAGCAUUCAGCAAGGAAAUCCAGCAAGACAAACCACAGCAUUCUGUUGAUGAGGCAGUGUUCACUUUAGGGAUUACCAGUCACCGUGGCAGCAGCAUUCCCUCAUCGAAUCUCGUCUCUUCAAAGGUCCAUCAGUCAGAUGAUCCCGCAGGAGGACAUGAGAAUCUGACCACAGAGGACAUUGGCACAACUCACAAUCAAAAAGACCAGAGCAGGAAAGGCAACAGACCACAGUGGAUGACCUCAACUCCAGAAUUGGCUUCGUCAUCGGAACCUGCACAUAAAUCUAAUGAACCCAGUGAACAGUCAUCUGAGUCGAUUGAUUCCAACCACCUGCUGGAAGCAUCUGGCAGCCAAGUGGACUUGGAAUACAACCCCCAAUUUCCAUUCACCACUGUAUCCUGGCUGGUUUCCUCGGCAUCCCAAAUGGAGACUGUGACCAGUUUGAAAAUGGACCCUGGAAUCUCAACAAUAAGUUCUAAAACUGUAGAAGGAACUGAUCUGGGAACCAGAGAACCUGAUGGUAUAUCAUCACCAGAUUACAUCAGUGGUUUGUCCCCAUUGUCAACACAAACACCGACUGAUAAUCAGCUCCAACAAGACAAGAUGCAUCCUACUCAACCCUCUGCAAUCACCGUGUCUCCUGAUACAACCUCAUCAUCAGAGGGGUCUGGAGAGUCACAUGAUGAGACAGACGUAGAUUUCAUCUCAGUAGUGACGGCAGCCAGUGUGUCAACGUCAACAGCAAGUGAAGGUUCAAGGGUGCAGGCAACACUUCAUGAUGGCGGUGGAAGCGUCCUGGAAUCGGUCCCUAGAGGAACUCGGGUGUCUGAUAAGUCAAGGGAGGGCGCUGCAGAUGUUGCCCAAGCCACUUCAGCAUCAACAGCUGAUCAGGGUGCAUCUUGGCCCAAGCAUCAGCCGUUAUCGGAUGUCGAAGUCUUGGAGGAGCCUGCUGUGUUUCAUCCUUUGGACUUCAAGGGCAAUGAAAUGGUCGGGUUCACACCUGGUCACAAUCCGAAUGCAAAGCUUGUGGAGAUUUUAGAUGAGAAUUGAUCAUUGAUUCAAGAUUUUAGAUGAGAAUUGAUCAUUGAUUCAAGAUUUUAGAUGAGAAUUGAUUGAUUCAAGAUUUUAGAUGAGAAUUGAUUAUUGAUUCAAGAUUUUAGAUGAGAUUUGAUUAUUGAUGCAAUUAUAUCCUUAUCGCCCCCCUUCCAAAAUAAAAUAAAAUAAAGUAUUUCAAUCACUAGUGGUCAUUCGGCCAAAGUUAGGGAGUAUAUCAUCCCUUGACAUUUCCAUAAAGUUCAGGCUUGCUGUUGAUAUGCAGAGCACGAAUCAUAGCUUUCGUAAUGUUUUAUGCAUAAGGAUUUGUGAUUUAUGUUGUUCCGUAAUCAGUUUUCUUACAUUGAAUUCUUUAAAUGAAUUGUAGGAGUGAUUUCAUUCUGUUUUUGUCUUUGUAAAUUUUUAGCAUAGUUUUACCAAAGAACACCAACCAUGUUUUUGCUACUUACAAUUUGUAUGUGAAAGUAGGUAAUCAAUUAUCUUAGUUAAUGGCAGUGGUUGUAGUUAAUGCAUGUAACUUGUCCCGAGUGUUUCAAACACUUUGGAAGUACUUAAGUUGCGAAUAAGUUUUGGGUGUCAAAGGUUAAGUGUCAAGACUUACCAGUAUGCAUAACCACAAAGCACUGCUCAAGAAUGAAAAAGAAAAAAAAAUUGUCUGCAAUGCUGCAAAUGGUAUGAAAUAUGGAACCACUCGUUUUGGUUUCCUUUUCUUUUUUUUUUUUGGUCCGUGAAAUGAAAUUUUAAAGUACACCAUCUCUACGUGUUUUUCUUAUGCCAUUUAGUAUGUAGGACUAGGAUCAAGCCGUGCUAUAGUGAAUUCUUACUGGGAUUUGCUCACAUUCCACAGAGGGCGCUCUAUAGCAUGCUAGUCAGCUUUAUUCUGUGUAGGUGCAUCAUUCCCCUGUUUCAGUGAUGUAAUCAUAAAUAGAUUUGCAUAAUUUAAGCAUUUUUCACACUUUAUCCCUUUCCCUGUAAACUUUAAAGAAAGUCUAACAAUGUGAGGACAAAUCAGUUACUCGCUACUUUGGCCAAUAGAGUGGUUUUUGGAUGCUUUUCUAUUUUUUUUUCUGGGGGGAAAAAGAGACAAACUGCUUAUUGCUGUAUUUGAAGUGUUUCAAGAAGAGCAGUGCAUGAUCAUAGUAAGCAUCCAUCCCAGGUACUGGAUGUAUCAGGCAAAAGCAAAGAUGAAAAGGCAACUUGUCCAAUUUCAAAAUGUUCUUCAAAAAUGGAUUGUUCCUUCUAUAAAGCCACUAACUGCACACGUUUCUUGCCUUGAAUUUGAAAUUUCUCGAAUUGUUGAUGGUUGGGUGUUUUACUUGUUUGAUUAUUCUGUGUUUAUUUAGCCAAUCAUGGAUUAUAGGGGAAAAACCUAAAUUAUGACAAUUAGGGCAUAGUGUAGAGGUAAAGGUGUUUUAUUAUUUAUGUUCAAGCCUACAUUGUAAUGUAAUAUUCUUGAUUCUAUAAAAAUCACAUUUCCCAGUUAGCAGUUGAAUUCCUACUUAACCUUCAAUUUUAUUUACGUUUAGUUGUGGAAGGAAUGUGGCAUUUGCCUUUUUCAAAGUAUAGCACAAACACGAUGAAUACAACAUGAAGGGGAUUUUUUUUGGUGUGUGUUUUUGUCAAUUUGUAGGUUUAAUAGAGCAAUUAAUUAAUUUUCCCUAGGUGACAAUCAUGUUAUAGUGCGAGCACAGAAUGUCUCGUAUAUUAACAAGUUACAUGCACACUUUCUAUACAUCCCACACCAUGAUUGGUUCAGACUGUGUCAAGGUAGCUUCACGAAACUUUAAGCUUUUUGUUAAAAGAAGUGGAAAUAUUUAGCAAAAAAAGUGCUCAAAAACAAAGCUAGCUUCCAAGGAAAAUUACUGAGAAAUAAAUAAUUAACAGGGUAUGAUAAGACCUAAUGAAUAAUGUUUGUAAAGUGUAUAUGCUGUGUCUAAGCAACUUGGCUACAACUGCCUACAGCACACGUAUAUAUGGGAAUCAGACUUAGCCACACUAAGCUGUGAAUUAUAUUAAUGUGAGUGUUAUCAGCCGCUGUACUGUAGCCAAGUUAUUUGGAUGUGGCUUAUGUAUAUUGUGGUUCAACAUGUUGCUGUGGCUACUGGUUGCCAUGUCAACUG